CGAGCCGGGAUGCAGAGCGAGCCUUCAAGGCUGAGCGCUGGCGUGUCUGUGCUCAGCGCAGGGGCAGCUGGUGGCCCCAGGGAGGCGUCUAGCAGAAGACCUGGCGUCUGUCCUCAUUUGACACCCAUUCCAGCAGGCGCAGUGGGCACUGCCGAGCCCCGAGGGGGAAAGCGACGCAGACAUCCAAAGGGGCCGCUGCAGAGCCGGACGGGAAGUGGACUCGCGGAGGGAAGUUCCAGCGCAGCCGGCCGCGGGGAGCCCGGCCCGGCGAGGACGGAAGAUUUAGUGCCUGCUGGAAGCAGAAGGACCAAUCUAGGUACUCUCAGCUGGUUAAUUUCCAGAAGAAGAAAAGGACAUCACUGGUUUUCCAGCUGGAAGGGCCUUCUGGGUCAUCCAGUCUGGCCUCUCCAAGGCUCGAGAGCUAACAUUGCUUGUUUGCCAUCCCUUGUUGGAGUGAGUGAUGGGAGUGCCCACUCAACACCCCUCAGGACCGCUCAGCCAGGGCCCUCCCAUUACAAAGCCCUGGGUGGACAGGAUGCCUGCAGGAAAGUGGCAGAGAGAAGCCAUGAGGGGAUUCUUUCUUUUUCAAACCCAAGCAAGAAAAAUCAGAGAGAGGCCAGUCUUAUGCCACUGCCUUCUGUCUGCAGGACUGACUAACCAAAAUUAUGAAUAGGCCAAGAAUAAUCUUUCUUCUGAAUCAUGAACCUGAAUUUGUUCUUGUAGCAUUUGAUUUAUUCAAUUAAUAAAACACUGA